CUUGUUUAAAUUUUUUACAAUAAAGAAGCAUAUCAAGAUUGCUUUGCUUUUUUGAAUUUCGAUAUUAUGAAAUAAAUAAUUAGUUAUCGGUUUUGAUAUUACGUUCGAUUAAGUAAUUCAUGUUCAUUUGUUUUCGACAUUUAAAAGUCGCAUUUAAACGUUUUAUUCAUGUGCGUAAGAUACACUUGAAUGCGUGCGCAGUAUAUUAAAUGACUAAUAUAAUUUUUACAAAAUGAAUUGCUAUACAAUUAAUAACUAUCCACACCUCUAUGUAAACAUUAAAAGUAAACUUAAAAUUAAAUGAUCUGGGCAUUACAUAUAUCUGGUCCUUUUGUAGCAGGAUGAAUCCGAUGUCUGCCGAGAAUUUAUUUUGGAUUUUUUAAUUUCUUGAACAACGUCAAACAACUAUUAUUUCAAAUUUUAAAUCAAUGGCUGAUAAACGAGAAUCUGGUCGAAUAAAAGAUGUACAGGCCCGACGAGUUUUGGAUGACGCAGCCCGUCGUCGUAGACAACGAAAAGCGCUGGAUGCCUUAGAGGAGGACAACUUCCAGGAGGACCCACACGCUGACCUCAAAAUGAACAAGAAAGCCCCCAAGUUCGAGGAGAAGAAGGAAACUAAUCAGCAAAGAGGCAAAAAAAGAAAAUCCAAAAGUGAUUUCUUCAAAAUAAGAUUCAGAAAAAAUUUCACCACGUUGCUUGAGGAGGAGCAGGCUACGGUUGGCAGGGAUUGUUUAAAUUAUUUAUCUGCAGCAGUUCCGCCGUCGAAAUUACCCGAAAGGAAGUUUUGCUCUGUAUGUGGAUUUCCAUCCAAUUAUACCUGCAUUCAGUGCGGGCUGAGGUACUGCUGUGUUAAGUGUCUUUCCACCCAUCAAGACACCAGAUGUUUGAAAUGGAUAGCCUGAGUGUCUGAAAUUUUGCCUAUCCUGUACAUACCAUCGCCAUCACACAUCAUGAUCCAUGAUUUAUCAACGGGACAGUCUCGACUAGUUUUUCAAAUUUUAUUCUCAAUUUUUUCUUCUAUUAAAAAUAUAUUGGAAAAUUUCGUCUUUUUUUCUGUUGAUUAACGUUAACUAUGUCUAGUGAAUGAUACGACUGCUGUUGAGUUAUUUAAAUAUAACUACUGGUUCAUAUAUACAAUAUGUCAAACGUA